CCGCCAUCACUGGUCUCUUAGCGAAAGCGCGCUGUCGAGCAAAGUCGCGACGAGACCGCCAUUGUGACUCUCUUAUCGAGUCAUCCAAGUCUCCAUCCGGGAAUGCUGAUAGCGACUGGAACCCGACAACAUCUCACCUCAAGGAGCAUCCAAACCCUGUCCGGAAGCCGGAACUACUCAUGAUGAAGUGAGGCUCUACGUUAGAGAUCCGCGUCUGACGCUUCAACUUCCUUCUGUCAAAUCAUACAAUCACAAUGGUGAAGCUGUUUUUCGUCCAAACCUCUCCGGCCACUCACUCGCGAAAGGACAAUGCGGCGCAAGAAGCUGAGAUAAGGUCGCAUGCUGCAAUCGUCGGCCACCACAGAAAGGCGCGUCGCAGACCGCCCAAUUCCGAGACGUCAUCUGUCAAGUCAGCACCUUCGCCGGCAUCCAUUUUCGAUACGGCGUCCAUCAAGACAGCUCUUUCGCCAGCGUCCAGCAUCACAUUCGCAUCGCCAUCAUCGAUUUCUCAUGGCGAUGCCGAAGAUGAACCCCCAGACUGCUCUCGAGACUCCAAAUACCCACCAGCGCGAACCCUGACUUCGAAGUCCCCAGCCCUAGAUGCUGGCCCUUACUUCCGUGGCACAAGGACUGAUCCUUUCAAUUGCAUAGCGACAGAACAUCCUCAUCUUCUUGCAGCUUCUGUCGAUUAUUUCUCCGGCGUCACAGUUCCCGCUCACUCUGCUGUUUACGAGCUCUUCAAUAUCACCAAUAUCUACAAUGGAUAUUGGUUCGAAUUGAUGUCAGAUCCUGACUUCGCUUACACAGGAGUCUGCCUCACUCUGAGGGUCAGGGAGUUAUCUUGCGACUCAAAUGCUAAGCCGUCAGAAGAAGUCUUGACCGCUUUGGGCGUCGCCUUGUCACGAAUACGCAAGCGACUGGCCAAGUCCGACAGUGCCGGUGAUGAUAUCUCCAUUACAGCCGUAUCCUUCAUGGCUGCUAUUGCGAAAGCAAUUGGGGAUGGGCAGUCUCAUCAAAAGCACAAGCAGGCUCUCAAAUGCAUGGUUAAAGCAUGUGGUGGACUUGACAAGCUCGGUCACGGGGGCAUGGACAAAUGCCUACUAUUGCAACGAGAAGGAUUCUGGUCCAUAGCAGAAGGCAGCACUAUUUUCGCCGACGAACGUCAAGAAGUCGUAUCCAUCUAUCCCGAGUUGCCUCUUUCGGGCGACAACCUUGAGAUGGCCAGAUCCCUUCCAACUGGAUUCCAGGCCCUUGCCCACCUUGGCAAAUUGUCCAUUCAAGUCUUGGAAGUACUGACCCGGACUCAGAAGGCUCAAAUGAAAAGGAAAGCGGCAUCGGUGGCUCGAUCGCCCGACCUCUUCAAGACGCAGAAGCGGCGCUAUUCGGAUUUCCAGGAAGCUUGCCCGUGUUUAAGUGAGCCGGAUGUAGAUGGUGCCAGCAUGGAAAGACUCCUGGUUCUUGCGCUCAUCAUACACUGCAGCAGCAACUUUACUCCAACCCGCAGCAAUACCGUGCUGUAUGAUACCUGUCGGAAAAGACUCCAAUGUGACAUAUGGACUGCGAAACCGGAUAGUGCAGCUGAGGCAACCUGUCUGAUUUGGGUUGCAGCCAUGCUCGUGUGGUCCUGGACGACAACAAGCAACAAGUUGACUGCAGAGGGUAUAUUGUGUAUCAAAAAGCUCAAGGCCUCCAUCAUGUAUGGUCUGACGUGGACAGACCUUGAGAUUGUCCUAUACAGGUUCUUCUGGUCGGAGAAGAUGUCGGCUUGUCUCGAGAUGCAUUACGAUUCACUGGACCCAGGAUGAGACCAGGCUGGCGAACCACGCAAAAUCGCUACUCAACGACAGGUUGCACAAUCUCUUCUACAAAGUCUCGGAGCGAUCGGAAGAAUCGUUUCAUCGGAGUAAGAUUCGAGAGCCUCAAUCCAUCAAUGCGGUAAAGCACUGCUUUGGCCAGCCUCAAUAGGCGGCCAAGCUCUAUAUUCAUGCAAGAAAGGCCUGAACCAUGCCACGAAGCUGCUUCUGUUGGUCUGACGACAUAAGAUCAUGAAAUGAAUGUGGUCAACUCCCGGUCUACCAAUCGAUCGGCCAUCAUGCUGUGCAAUGGGUGCUUUUGGCAGGACAACACAAAUCACACCCGAGCCUUAUGCUACUUCACAGCGCCGAUUUGCCUGACAACCACAGUUGGCCAGGUGGAUGAAUGCAGUAUCACUACUUUGGACUCCGUCUGGAUCUUUAUAGUCGCACAAGAGCGACUGUGUGGCCAUUGGAGCCGGAACGACUACACGG